AUGAGGGUGCUGUGCCAGGAGUCGAUCACCACGGAAGGAGGAGUGGUGGUGGGCAGCGGCGCAGGGCCGACGGAGCUCUAUCCGAACGGCGAGGAAAGUGCCGACGACGUGGGCAGGGAGAACGUGUUCGUACUCAACGAUACCAGGGAAGCUCUGUCUCACGACGGUAGCGAACACAAUUCCGUGUUGUUCGUCGGAGACAGUUAUGUGCCAGUCACCACUCAGCUCCGGUCCAGACCCAUAUCGCCGGCCGACUCGACAGUGCUCGACUGGAGACUUCAAACCGUGGAGAGUUGGGAUGGACGAAGACACGGCAACAACAAGACGCGAGUGCAACACAUCGAAGCUGAGUGCCAAGACGAUUACAUGAAAAUUCGCAUCGGUUUCAACGGCUCAUUUGGCGGUCUGCUGUACUCGUCCGGAUAUUCGUACGACCCAGAUUGCGUUUACAUCAACGGCACUGGUCGGGAUUACUACGAGUUUUACAUUCAGCUGAACCGUUGUGGUACCUUGGGAAAGAACUCCAGACAAGAGGACGCCAGGAAGAACCCAGCGAAAAAUCUCAUGUGGAACACCGUAACCGUACAAUACAACCCAUUGAUCGAAGAGGAAUGGGACGAACACUUCAAGGUGACCUGUGAAUACGGCUACGACUUUUGGAAGACUGUGACAUUUCCGUUUUUAGACGUUGAAGUGGCCACUGGCAAUCCGGUCGUCUUUACACUGUCACCGCCCGAAUGUUACAUGGAAAUACGGUAUGGAUACGGCACCACCGGAAACAGGGUGGGCGGACCCGUACGCGUGGGAGACCCGCUGACUUUGAUCAUCUACAUGAGAAGCAAAUAUGAUGGUUUCGAUAUUGUGGUGAACGAUUGUUACGCGCACAACGGAGCGCAGAAGAAGAUUCAACUCAUCGAUCAAUACGGGUGCCCAGUUGACGACAAGCUUAUCAGCAGAUUUAGAGGAUCAUGGAGUGAAAGCCAAGUGUUUGAGACCCAAGUAUUCGCCUACAUGAAAACGUUCAGGUUCACAGGGUCACCGGCGCUUUACAUUGAAUGUGACGUCAGAAUGUGUCAUGGCAGAUGUCCAAGUCAACCGUGUCACUGGAGGAAUGCCAAGAGCGUAUCGAAACGGUCCACCGACGUGGAGGUGGCUACUACCCCAGCGGCCCUUUCGCAAAACAUCAACUUGUUCCAGUCGUUGAGAGUGCUCCAGGAAGGCGAGAACGGUGAAGAUGCAAGUGCACUUAGCAACAGGACCACCGGAUACUACACGGACAACAGCCAAAAUUCAGUGUGCGUCCGGUCCGGUUUGCUGGCCGGUCUGUUGGCGCUCGCCUCCACUGUGCUGUGCUUCUUGAGCUUGGCACUGACCGUCAUGUGUUACCGGUCCAAGCGACUGGUCAAGGGGUGCGCCGACGAUCCUGCGCAUCACGUGAUCGCUGCCGCGCCGGCGAGAUGUUUCCUCACGCACAAGGGCAGAAUAAACUGA